AUUUUCAAAUUUGGCGCUAUAUGGCGCGUUAUGUCUUUAAAAUUGUUGAAGGUGGCGUCCUAAAUCUUCUGAAAUGGCACAUCGAUGCUUCUGAAACCUGGCAAUCCUAACUACUCUCUGAAAAAUUGUCGCUUCCAAAACUUGGCGACCCUGACCAUGAAUGAUGAUUUUUUUUUUUGAGGUUAUUCGUGAUGAAUGCGUUGAGCAUUCGUAAUAUCUUGCAUUAAAGCCACGAGGGAGCAACGUAUACACUCGCAGUAUUAUUCACAAAACAUUGAUGUCUCGCAUAUGAUUGUAACUUAAUGAAUAAAGAAACCUUCGAUGUGAUAGCGUGAAGCGAAUCUAGGUUAGUUUUCCACGUUUCUUGUACUGAUCUAACUGUUCAAUACAACAGGAGAACACAUACCGUAAUAUAACGGAAGCUUAUUGUCACUGCAACUUAGAGUAUCUGUGUAAUAUUUGAAUUAAGCUCAGAUAUUCAGUUACAUUGAUAAUUAAGCCAACAUAAUGUUAACAUCUGUAUCUACAGCACCUUCUACCUCAAUGGGUACUCCUGAGAUGUCAGGUCUGGCAAUGGACUCAUUCGAUGACAAUAUCCAUAGGUUAAUAUCUGAAUAUCUGCAGCAACUAAAUGGAAACUAUGAAAUGGAGGUUGAUAUAAUACUCAAAGAUCACUGUUACGCACGACCUUGGAACUGGAGGCCAGAAAAUAUUUAUGUGAAGCCCGUAAAAAGGCUGUUUUUUUCAAAGAAUACAGCAACAAGUGACAAGAAUAGGAAAAAUGAAGAAAUUAUUGUGGAAGAUACUGGAAAUGACUCACCGGUAUUGCCGUUAGAUCUGACAAAAGCUCGACAACAAAUGGAUGAAUUUCAACGAAUAACGAAUAUCGCGCGACCAGAAGAAGACGAGGACUGGGAGGACAAGAUAGACAAAACAUUUUGGUCUUCCACUCAGAAUCGAAUAUUCACCAGAGUUACGCGUAUACUAAGCUCAGAAAGACUCGCAAGAUUAGCCAAGGCCAAGAGCAGUGUGGAGCCGAUUUUUCGACGAACGUCUGUGGAUAUUGCGGCGAGAAGAUUUCGGGAGACUUUGGCGUCGACUGGAUGGGACUGGAGGCUGGUGCAGUGGCUGCACCACUUACUGUUCGAGCAUCUUUCCCAGGAAUAUUUGGUCAUUUAUUUGGACAUCUUACAGACUCUAAGACCAAAGAUCACUCAACUAAUCGACAAGAUGAUCGCGGUACAACCGAAUAUUAACUCCAAAACGGGCCCUGUAACGUGGGAAAUGCUCGGGUCGCUCUUAAAACGAUCGUGGGAUCCUGUUUCACAGAGUCUGAGCGGGAGUAGACUUAAGAAAUUGCCCGGAAAUCCAAUUUUAAUAAUAGUACCCUCCGGCAUUACGUCGAGCGUUUCUUCUCGUCAGACCAAAUGGAUCGCGCAGCUGGGCUCUUUAGGCAUGGUAGUCACCGUUCAUACUCAUCUGGGAUUGGCAGCCAACAGGAUGACCAUGUUGGUGUUUAUGGAUCAGCUAGUUCAAGCUACAAGAGCAAAGAUACAGGACGUCAGAAGCGACAGUCCUGGCAGGCCGAUAAUAUUAGUUGGUUUCAAUACUGGCUCGGCGCUCGCCUGUCAGGUAGCACAGAUGGAACACGUAACCGCCGUCAUCUGCAUCGGAUUUCCUUUCGUGACGGUUGAAGGGAAGCGAGGUACACCAGACGACACCCUGAUGGACAUUCGUUGUCCCGUAAUGUUCAUCAUAGGACAAAACGCCACUCUCGCGACGACCGAUGACUUGGAAGAUUUGCGAGAGAAGAUGUUGGUCGAGACGAGUCUGGUGGUUGUAGGCACGGCGGACGAUCAUCUCAGGAUAUCUACAUCCAAGAAGAUACUCGAGGGUAUCACACAAAGCAUGGUGGACAAAUGCAUACUGGAUGAGAUCGGCGACUUCGUCGGUGGUAUCCUGCUGCAACCGCACCCGUUGCCGUUAAGACCAACGCUGGCGGCUAACUGCGACAACAAGAGCAAGAAGGAGUCUCACAAACGACGGAACUCGACCAGCAGUUCCGUGGAGAGCGAACCCAAUUCGCCGAUCGUGAAGAAAUCGCAGUCGAAUACGCCGGUGACGCUGCCGUCGGUCGGGACGAACGCAACGUCGGGCGCGGUUCCCAAGGUGGGCACAUACAGUAGCCAAACUAAUUUGGGGCAAGCGGGCGGACAACACACUAACCAUACUCCCAAUCCGAAACGAAAGCGAGCCGCGGGCAACCAGAAAAACCAAUUUGGCGAACACAUUAAAGCUACCAGGUUCCCGGGACAGACAAACAUCAACGCGGAGAAUGGUAUAACACUCAAUAUCGGCACACUGGCGAGUCUGGCACCUAUAGGACCGAUACGUUUAGCACCCACUACUGUUGGCCAGAUUGCGAGCUCGUCUCCCAAGACAUCCAGCACGUCCAAAUCCGCGAGUGCAUCCGUUAAGAUGCCGAAAAUCGUCUCAAAUGUGCCGCUACAAGGUGUCUCGAAGAUAAAAACACUCGUGCCUUCCUACACGCCCAUUACGAACGUGAUCUCGCACAAUUAUAGACAAAUGAAUGUACCUGAUAAGAGCGGAGACGCGAAACUCAUGAGUGUUUUCACCACUAGCGGAAAUCAAAUUCGAGUUAACACAGCCGCUGGAGGAACUCUUAAACCCAUCACAUCGAGUGGCGCAUUGUCGAAUCUUUUGCAAGCUGGGAAGAGCUCCACCACGAACGCCGCGUCCUCCGCCCGUGUGUCGUCGGCUUCCAGUAUACUACUGACGACCAGCAAUUCACCGACCAAUAGUAUAGCGCCGUCCACGUCAUCCAAUUCAAAAGCGAUGGAGGAGAUGGAGGUAAGCAGUGACGCUCACCCAGCGAUACUCAGUUCGACUCAUUCGCUGGACGUGUCGAAGCUGGCACACUUGUCACGACAAGGGACCGCAGCCACCAAUAGUGAUAACUCACAUAAUACAUCAUGCAGUAACAUAGUCAUUAUCGAGAAUUCGCUUCAGAAUCGAGGCGCGCCAUCAUCGGUGAUCAUGCCGUUCAACAACCAAGGCUGUCCAGGCAGCGUCUUGCCGUUGUCCAAUAAACUAAAGAUUUCCCACAAAUCCAUGAAGACGAUGCCGAAGAUUACCGUCAACACGAACAAUUUGCAGCGACUGCAGCAGAAAGGGAAACCUCAGCAGAGCGUACCGAAGAAGAACCCCGUGAACGACAUAGACGACGAUCUGGGAAAUAUACUGGACAUACCGAUAAUAUUCGCCAAGGAUGACGACAACUUGGGCAACAUUGACAGGAUACCGGUCAUGGCGACGAUGACGAAGGAGCCCCAGGAGAAGCCGAAAUUGAACAGCACCACCAAAGUGGUUCUCAUAAGCAAUAAACAGGACAAACUGCAACAGACACAACAGAGCAAGCUCGGCCCGAGCUCCACGCAGGCCGUUAUAUGUUCGACUAAUAUGCCUAUGCAAAACCUGAAUCACCUGAUACUGCAGGCCCGAUCGCAGAGCGGCAACAACGGCAACAGCAGCGUCAUGCCGGCGAAGAACAGAGUCGGAGUGCCGAUGGAAAGUCGACUGGUGCAACCGACCGUCAAGUAUACCAAGAUCAUCUUGGCGAAGAGGAACGCGCUACCGCCUCAGCAGAGCAAGAGAGGCGAGCAGGUAACCGCGACGAAGAUCUCGGAUGACUCGAGCGCGCCCAAGAUCUUGACUUUCGAGAAGGAUGACAAUAGAUUCGUGCAGGCGUCUUCUAGCGUAUCAACCAGCUAUGAGGAUCCCUUUGCGAGUGAUAUAUUGGAGAUCGAGGACGCCAUCAAGACGAAUAUCAUAGAACGCAAGUACACAUCUACGCCUACGAUCGAUCCAACGUCACCCAUCACUCUCGCCGAUGACAACUGUCUCGCUGAUAUAUUGGACGAGACGAAAUUGGACGAGUCGCAACCGGAACAGUCCACCUUUGGCAAUGCCGGUGAAACGCAAUCGUAGAAUCCGCAGGAUUGUUUCCUGAGAAUUAAGAAGUUAAAUAUUUAGAAUUGUUCGGGAAAUAUUCAGGUUUCUGGCUCCUCGCCGCGAAACUCUCGAUUGAUGGUGCCAGAGACGAGAAAAAAUACGAUAAAAAUUGCGAAAACAUUUCUUGGAAAAUGCGUUAAGAUAAAAAGAUAUACCCAUUGAUAUGACACUCGCAAUCGAUCGGGCACAUCUACAAAACACUAGUCCACUUUCCUUUUAUUUUAACAAUGAUCGUAAAAUUAACGUGACAUGCAAUCUACUUUUUUAAACCAUAUUCCUUCAUGAUUUUGUCACGUUAACAAUUUACAGUUAUUUAUUGAUUGUUAGAACAAAAAGAAAAUGUUCGAACUAUUUUACUCAUUAUCUACUCGAACGAUUGCAAGUGUCAUUUUAUGGAUACAUCUUUUUAUUUCUACGUAUUUUGCAAGAAUUCUCAGCGUAUAUUUUCUCGCGUCUGACAUCAGCAAUCAAGAUGAUCGCGACGAGAAGUCUUAGUGAUGCGUUGAUUGUGCGAUACGCGAUGUUCGCGAAGUAUGUAUUUCGACACGAUAAAUCGAUAUUAUUUCGACAGAGAUCUAACAGUACAAUAUAAACAUAAUCCUGUACUGAUCUCUAAAUUUCAACGUAGCCACGAUUAACGUGUUUUAUUAUUGUAUAUAUCGCGUAUACAAAUUCUGAAGCGCGAUCUACUUUUAAGUUCUACGUGUUACAUGUGCAUGACACAACAUGCAAGAGAGAGAGGACGGAAUAUUUAUUGUUCGAUUAUUUAUAAACGCUUAAUAAUAUUAAAUAUAUCUAUUCUCUUCCAUAUACACAUAAUGCCCGCUAUUAAUACCGAAUUGGCCAAAGAAUUCGAAAGACGACAAAUAUAUGCGGGGUGUUGAUAGCGGGAGAACAUUACUUCCAUAAAUUAAACACUAUAUACACACAAUACCUUCAUACGCGACUUCAACGUGUGAAAAACACAUAACGAGUAAAUUAAGGGUUGUGGCAUGCAGAAAAAUGCAAACAGUAAAACUUAGAGCCUCCGCAUAGGAAUAUCCGCAUCGCGCUUCAAGUUGCGUUACAAGCUGCAAGUUGCUUGUUGUAAAUUGAAGUCCGUACAUAAUCGUAAACUUAACGCACGAAGAAAAACUUCUUCUUAUAGGGUUGAUGGGACGAGAGUUUUUCAACUCCUUAAUCCAAUCCAAUUUAUGAGACCAUCGGUCUCCAAAAAAUCACAAAGAAAAACUGAAGCAACAAGAUGUAAGCAGUAAAAAAUCGAUCAAUCACACUCGAUUAUUCUUUGACCAUAAGGAGAAUCGUCGAUUGUGAUUGGUCAAUUUUCUUAUUGUUUAAAUUUUACUGUUUAAAUUUUACUGUCAAGUUUGUGCGUUCCCAGCCUUACUGUUUACAUCUUUCUGUGUGUCACCCAUCUUACUUAUAGACAGUAUUGCUGUAAAAGCUCGCGACUACGGCUUAAUCUUCAGUUCCCAGUGGAGUGUCUCCAUUUUGCGACGUGAACAUCAAAUACAUUUUCUUGCUUAGUUCCGGACCGACUUUACGCACAGCCGUGAGGGGUCCCGCCGCUCUUCUGAUCUGUUUAGUAUUACAUAUAUGUUAUAACAUAUUUAUUACAUCAUCAAAUCGUAUAAGCCACAGUGGAACACACUGUGAUUUAUGUGGAAGUGUAUUUCGCGAUAUGUAAACUGCGACUGAUAGAUCUGCAUUUGUAUGCAGUGAGUUUAAACGAAUAUGCAGUAGACAGAAUUCUGUUAGAAGCAACUCUUGAAUGUCUCUGAUAAUUUUAUUACUUUAUACCGCAAUUUGCUAAACUGGAGAAAUAAAAUUGAAAAUCACUCA